AUAUCUUAUCAGGACGUUUAGGAAACAGGUACCGACGUGCACCUUUUGAUUCUCAUAAUAUAUCGGGAUGAAUCACUUAGCUCGCCUAUCAGAAGUGAUGUACGUAGGACUAUGUAUGAAGUAGGGACUCCUACAGAAGUGAGGAUAAGGAGAGAAGUGAUGGACACUGAGGAGGCAGUGAGAAAACCUGUGUACAUCAUGAGCAGACUUGACAGAAUACAGAGUGGGAGUAGACGUGAAGGAUUCAGACUGAGGACUUCUGAUGAGGAUUGGAUGUUAUGGCCUCCAGACCACAAGGUGAUAUGUGAUCUUUCCCGGGUCAGUCUCUACCGUAAUCCACAACACACUGUGAUUCUGAUGGAGUGUGAUGAUCUACCACCUGGUUUUACCAGACUUAGCCUGUUAAGCCAAUCCAAUAAUGCAGAAACCGUUUCGUCCUGUGUAGUAAUGAAUGACAAUAUAUAUAUUUCAAGUACAAUAUUCAGAGAAAACUAUUUGCGAUCCUUAAAUACCUAUGGUAUUCGUACUGCUGUCCCUCAUGGACCUUGUUCUUCCUAUUCCAUACUCCAAGCUUUAGAAACUGACGGUGCUUUCUGUUUCAAGUCACAUGACUGGCCAACGUCAGCACUACCGUGGAUAGAGAGAUGCCGUCAACGGGGAUGGCCGAAUCAAACAGUUGUAUCAGAAAUAUUAAGCGGAGGAUUUCAUGUUGUUCCGAUCGGAAGCACACCUGAAAACAAACUAGAAUGGAGAAUUUCAUUCUCUCAAGCUUUAUUCAAUGAAUCAUUGUUUGGUUGUUUAUCUGACAUUCUGUAUCUUGCUAUGUACUUCUACAGAACACUGCUAGAACAGGGAAUGAGUAAGAAGCAUGGUGUGACUUUAUUACAAAUCCCACCUCUAGUGAUGUUACGCAUGUUGUUUAUACUGAAUCACCACAGACUGGGUGACACAGUGACGUCACAACAAUCUCUACAGGAUCUACAGACUCUGCUUCUCUAUGAUGACGGGGUUUAUGAAUUAAACGAGUUAAUUGAAGAGCAUUUUGGAAAAUCGUCUUUCCUUGUCAAUACAGAUGUAAAUAAUGCAGUAUUAAAUAACACUGAUUCCGAUGAUGAUUUAAAUCCAGAAAUUUUAUCGGAAAGUUUAUCAGCAGAAGAUUUUGAGAAAUUAGCGUUAGGAUGUCCAUGUUCGAAAAAAUGUUUAGAACAAUUAGAAAGAAAGUUGGUGAUAGAACAUAUUCUGAAUGUCAGGGAACUCUCUAAGUCAGAGAAGGACAUGCAUAUCAUGGGGGCCAUCAAGGUCAAUGGAUCAACGAUGAAGAAAAAUCAAGAUGAUAUCAAGCGACAUCGCUUUUGUUAUUGCUUCAAUGGAACUGAUGUAUGUGUUGCUGCCUUCCGGAUUAUUUACGAUAUUGGAGAAGAAAUGCUAAAAAACAUUGCAAAACAUGUCGUUACUAACGGAAUCACUCCUCAUGACUAUUGUCUCCCCCAACCUGCCGCCCCUAGAGGAAGAGAUGAAGACCCACCCAUAUACCUGCCCGCUUCACAUACAAAGAAACAUGUGUAUGAGGUCUACAAAAGCGCUUCACCGGACAAAUUUGUGGGUAGUUCAGUAUUUUAUGAUCUUUGGAAGAAACUUCUGCCGCACAUAAGAGUAAGCACUCCAAAAGAUGAUGUUUGUUUUAAGUGCGAGUCUCACAGGAAAGCCGUGGAAGAUGCCAGAUCAGAAGAGGAGAAAGUGGAGGCAACACGGGUAUACCUUGCACAUAUUGAAGAAGCCAGAAGCGAAAGAGAGGUUUAUAAAGAGUGCGUCCAUAAAUCCAAGGAAGAAUUGGAAGGCUACGUCCGCCCAGAUGGACCAAUCCAACAUCAAGCUUCAAACUUUUUGAAGGUGCAUUAUACAUUCGAUUUCGCACAGUCUCUUAUAUUGCCACAUCAUGCCAGACAAAUUGGACAACUCUACUUUACAACACCAAGAAAAAUACAUCUCUUCGGGGUACGACUUGAUGGACUCUCUAAACAGCUGAAUUACAUGAUGGAUGAAGAUGAAACAAUUGGGACUGAUGGUUCAUUGGCUCACGGACCGAAUUCAGUUAUUUCCAUGAUUCACCACGCUUUUCAAACUUAUGGACUGGGUGAAGUAAAUUGCAUCCUUCAUGCAAACAACUGUGGAGGCCAAAACAAAAACAGAUUUGUCAUAGGUUACUUCUGUUGGCGGGUCUUGGUAGGACUGCACAAGAACAUCAGUUUCAUGCUUCAAAUACCGGGUCACACAAGAUGCCUGGUUGACGCUGGUUUUGGACAAAUAAAAAAACUCUACCGACGAUCAGAUUGUGACACAAAAGAAGAUAUUGCCAGAGUAAUAGAGCAAUCCUCUAAGUCAAACACAGUUGUUAAAUACUCAGCAGAAGAUUCUUGGGUAUGGAGGGACUGGAAAAGUUACUUAUCGCUGCGAUUUAGAGCACUUAAGGGAAUCCAGCAGUAUCAACACUUUCGAUUCAGCACCCAUGCUCCGGGAUGUGUAUUUGUGAAACGACGCGCCGAUUCAGAAGAAAACAAGGUGAAUCUUCUUAUACCAGGGGCACCCGCAUCAACUUUAGAGGAUUUACCCGCUGAGUUAGCCACUGGUGGUAUCACGGAGGAGAGGCAGAGAUACCUGUACCGUUUUGUCAGGCAUCUUGUGCGACCAUCCGCCCAAGACCAGACCUGCCCCGCUCCAGAAGAGUGA